AUGUUCAACAUAUCAACAGUGAAGGUGAUGGAGGUUUCAUACAAUCAGUUUUCAGGCCAUCUUCCUUCAACCAUGGGACUUUAUGAAGGGUUAGAACUUCUCGAGAUACUGGGUAGCAACAGAAUCACUGGAGAAUUUCCAAGCUCUAUCAUCAAUGCUUCAAAGCUGACCAUGUUAGACACCACACAAAACUUGUUGACUGGAACUAUACCAGACUUUGGUAAUUUAAGACUUUUACGACGCCUUCUGCUUGGAGGAAAUAAUUUGACAGGAGAAUCUUGGAGAUUUUUCUCUUCGUUAACAAAUUGCCAAUAUUUGGAUUAUUUGGAAGUAUCUAGUUUAAAUCAGUUGAGUGGUGUCCUCCCGGCUUCUAUUGGGAAUUUGUCUACUUCUCUUCGGGUACUUAGAGCAUUUAGAUGCAGUAUUAAGGGAGCUGUUCCACCAGAGAUUGGAAACUUAAGCAGCUUGGUAAAUUUAAACUUUGCUAGCAAUCAGUUGAUGGGAUUCAUCCCUGGAACAAUUGGAAAAUUAACAAAUCUUCAAGGUAUAUAUUUUGUCCAGAAUAAACUCGAUGGAUAUAUCCCCGUCAAUCUUUGCCAGUUAACCAAUUUGGUGGACUUGGUUCUAAGUGACAAUAUGCUCUAUGGGGCAAUUCCCACAUGUUUGGGUGAGCUUAGAUCGUUGAGAACACUCAACCUAGACUCCAACAAAUUGGAGUCUACUCUACCUUUAAGCUUCUGGAACCUAAACGAUCUUCUGAUACUAAACCUGUCCUUGAACAGUUUAAGAGGAUCCCUACCUUGGGAGAUCCAAAAUUUUAGGGCCAUCAACACACUAGAUUUAUCUUGGAAUCGGUUCUCAGGAGAUAUUCCAAGCUCUAUUGGCGGUAUGCAAUCAUUGGUUCGGCUACUCUUUGCUCAUAAUAAAUUUCAAGGAUCUAUUCCUGAGUCUCUGGGAAACAUAAGCAGCUUGGAAUUCUUAGAUCUAUCUUAUAAUAACUUUUCCGGAAACAUUCCAAAGUCAUUAGAGGCACUCAAUUAUCUACAGCAUUUUGAUGCAUCUCACAACAGACUGGAGGGAGAGAUUCCCAGUGGGGGACGUUUUGCUAACUUCACUGCUCAAUCAUUUAUGCAGAACUACGCUCUUUGCAGUAAAACUCGACAACAAUUUCCACUGUGUGGAAGGACUCUUAAAAGAUCACAGUCAAAGAAAGACAGGUCAGUACCCCAAAGUGAAAUUCCAUUACGUCUUGCAUGGAGAAGGAUUUCUUAUCGAGAACUUCAAGAAGCAACAAAUGCCUUUAGUGAAAGCAACAUACUUGGAAGUGGAAGUUUUGGUGCAGUAUAUGGAGGGACACUUUCUGAUGGGUUAAAUGUUGCGGUGAAAGUUUUUAAUUUGCAGUCACAAGAAGCAAGGGCAACCAAGAGCUUUGCUACAGAAAGUAAAGUACUGAGCACCAUUCGUCAUAGGAAUUUAAUCAAAAUCAUAGGAUGUUGCAGUAACACAGAGUUCAAAGCACUGCUACUUGCAUUAGCUUUAGAAUAUCUGCAUCAUGGUGAUACAUUCCCUAUUGUACAUUCUGAUUUGAAACCUAGCAAUGUCCUGCUUGAUGAAGAUAUGGUUGCCCACAUUGGUGAUUUUGGUAUAGCCAAACUCUUCAGCGAAGGGGAGUCAAUGGCGUUUACAAAUACCUUAGCAACAAUUGGAUAUAUGGCACCAGAAUAUGGAGCUGAAGGAAUAGUAUCCACUAGUGGUGAUGUCUACAGUUAUGGAGUGAUGCUGCUGGAGAUGUAUACAAUGAAGAAGCCAACGGAUGAGAUGUUUGAUGAACAAAUGAGCUUGAAGAGUUGGGUUAGUCAAUCAUUAAACGAGAAUAGAAUAACAGAAGUUGUGGACACCAAUUUGCUUGGUAGAGAAGACGAGAAUUUCUCCAAAACGGAGCAAUGUGUCUCUUCGACUUUGGCUUUGGCAAUAGAAUGUUCGAUUGAUUCUCCAACAGAAAGAAUCAACAUGAGGGAAGUUGUGGCUAGACUUCAAAAGAUCAAAGCUGUGUUUUUAGCAAGAUAG